AAAAAAAGAAUGUUUAUUUUAAAAUAAUUCUAUAGAAAAAUAAAGGUCCCCUAUUGUGAUAAAUCUUAAAGACAUUUCAAAAUUUGUUUAAAAUCAACAAAAAACAACAAACAAAAAAUGGUGGUCUCCACCUUAAGCAUAACAUUGGAUGCCGCCAGCGCACCCCUAACAGCAGCAACAACAGCAAACAAUGUGCCAAAUCAGCAACAGCAACAAUUAAUUAAUGUGACAAAUCAAACAAAUUUAUGUUUAGGCGAUAACUUUAACAAUUUAAAUACUAACGCCAUACAAAAUAUUAAUAAUAAUAAUAAUGAAGACACAACUGAGGGUGUCAAUUUGCAUGGACUAGAUUUAAUAGAGAACAACAACAACAACAAUAAAACAAAUGCAGCAGCAACAGCAGCAUUUAAAAUAAACUCCAGCACAGCUUUAACAGCAGUUGCAGCAAACAAUGACAACUGUAAGGGUUACAAUAAUAAUAAUAAUGCUAACUGUAUAACAACAACUGCCAUUAUGGAAAAUAAUAAUAAUAAUUGUAGUGUUUUAAACAAUAAUCAUAAUAACAACAACAAAAGUGCCAAUAUUAAUAAUAACAACAACACCAACAAUAAUAUUAAUAAUAAUGAUGAUAAUAAUGUUAAACUAGUAGAAUUACUAGAUAGUGAUAUUAAUAAUGCAUUAUAUCCAACAACAACAACAACAACAACAAUAAAUGCAUUUGAAAUGCAACAAUUAUCAUUAACAACUAAUAAUAAUAAUGAACAACAACAAUUACAAAACCUGCAACAUCAACAAACUCUACCUUCUGCUGUUUCUCAACAGCAAUCGCAGCAAUAUUUUGUGCGUAGAAAUUCUUCUCAAUUGAAAAGGGGUGUUCCCAUAACACGUUCCCAGUAUUUGAAACAACAACAGGAACAAUUACGACGACGCCGUGAGGAGGAGGAGCGUAUUGCCCAACAAAAUGAAUUCUUACGCGCCAGUUUACGGGGCUCACGUAAACUUAAAGCUUUGCAGGAUAAUAAGUCAACGGCCCAGCAACAGCAACCGGUGGCGGCUGAACGUUCGGUGGUAGGAGUGGAAAAUGAAGCUUAUAUUGAAGAUGAAGAUGCAACAGAGAAAAUAACGGGUUAUGGUGAUCUUAUAGCCGCCCUGACACGUCUACAAUCUCAACUUACCAAAAAUGGCAUGACCACACUCGCCGGCCGAGUGUCGGCCGCCCACAAUAUACUCUCCAAUCCGGGAGUGGCUCAUGCUUUAGCAGCCCGUCAGGCUGUCCUUCAACGUAGACGACCCAAAGUCAAUCAACCCGUCAGUACAAAUGCCAUGGAAUUGCAAAAGGAUAUUGUCGAGCUGUUGGCCAAAUCCAAUUCAGCCUCAGCCAUUGAAUUGGGCAAUUUACUGACCAGUCAUGAAAUGGAGGGUCUACUAUUGGCACACGAUCGUGUGGCCACACAUUGCGAUGGUACACCAUCGCCUACUUUAAGUGGUGCGGGUAGUCCGCAACCGCCGCUAUCGCCUAGCAGUGGUACAAAUGUGACAGUAGCAGCAGCAGCACCACCUCCUUUACCGGUACCACCCAAGUCGGCUUCUUUAAGGGGUACCGCCGUGCCUCCACCAGUGGUGCCACCACCUUUGGCUCAACGCGGAGCCAUGCCUUUGCCACCCAAUGUAGCGCCUCACAAUGCUACCAGUGGCGGCCAGACGGGUUAUGCUCAUAUGAAACCGACAGGUCGUCCCGACUCUCCACCCCUGAGUGCCUGCUUUGGCAUACUAAACGAUCAAAAUGACAAUAUACGUAUUAUACAAAUUGAAAAAUCGACUGAACCCCUGGGAGCCACUGUACGCAAUGAAGGCGAGGCGGUGGUUAUAGGCCGCAUAGUAAGAGGAGGAGCCGCUGAAAAGUCGGGUCUUUUACACGAAGGCGAUGAAAUACUCGAGGUAAAUGGUCAAGAAUUAAGAGGCAAGACCGUUAAUGAAGUGUGUGCCCUGCUAAGCACCAUGCAGGGUACUCUAACAUUCCUAAUAGUGCCCGCCGGCAGUCCACCACCCGGUGGCGGCCUACAUCGUGAAAAUGCUAUAUUACAUGUUAGAGCCCACUUUGAUUAUGAUCCCGAGGAUGAUUUGUAUAUACCUUGUCGCGAAUUGGGCAUUAGCUUUCAAAAGGGCGAUGUAUUGCAUGUUAUCUCGAGAGAAGAUCCCAACUGGUGGCAGGCCUAUAGAGAGGGUGAGGAAGACCAAACUUUGGCUGGUCUUAUACCUAGUCAAUCAUUCCAGCAUCAAAGAGAAACCAUGAAACUGGCCAUUGCCGAAGAGGCCGGAUUACAGGGUAAAAAUCGCGGCAAAGAGGGUGCUAGCAAAGGUUCAACUUUGCUGUGUGCGCGCAAAGGGCGCAAAAAGAAAAAGAAGGCCAGCUCGGAAGCGGGUUAUCCUUUGUACGCCACCACCGCCCCCGAUGAAACAGAACCCGAGGAAAUACUCACUUAUGAAGAGGUUGCCUUGUACUAUCCCCGUGCCACUCACAAACGUCCCAUUGUUCUUAUAGGUCCUCCCAAUAUAGGACGUCAUGAAUUGCGUCAACGUUUAAUGGCGGAUUCAGAAAGAUUUUCUGCUGCAGUACCACAUACUUCAAGAGCCCGUCGUGAGGGUGAGGUGCCCGGCGUUGAUUAUCAUUUCAUAACACGUCAGGCCUUUGAGGCCGACAUAUUGGCUCGUCGUUUUGUGGAACAUGGUGAAUAUGAAAAGGCUUAUUACGGCACUUCUUUGGAAGCCAUACGCACUGUUGUGGCCAGUGGUAAAAUAUGUGUUCUCAACUUACAUCCACAAAGUUUAAAACUCUUAAGAGCUUCGGAUUUGAAACCCUAUGUUGUGCUGGUGGCACCGCCUAGUCUGGAUAAGUUGAGACAAAAGAAAUUAAGGACUGGUGAACCGUUUAAGGUGAGAAUUAAUAACAAAUAAUGGAAGAAAUAUAAA